GGAGGAGGCGGCGUGAUGGCCCUGGACGGCGAGCGGGGGGAGCAGGAGGAGGAGAAGAAAAAGAAGAAGAAGAAAAAGAAGAGGAAGAAGAAGAAGAAGGAGGAGGAGAAGAAGGAGGAGGAGGAGGAGGAGGAGGGGGCCCAGACCAGCAGCUCACCCUUGGCGGCCACCAUGGGAGAAGAUGCCGCCGCGCUCCGGGCCGGCGGCAGGGGGCUCUCGGACCCGUGGGCGGACUCGGUGGGAGUGCGACCCCGCACCACCGAGCGCCACAUCGCGGUGCACAAGCGGCUCGUGCUGGCCUUCGCCGUGUCCAUCGUGGCGCUGCUGGCGGUCACCAUGCUCGCGGUGCUGCUCAGCCUGCGCUUCGACGAGUGCGGGGCCAGCGCUGCGCCCGGCGCCGACGGGCGCCCCGCGAGUUUCCCAGAGGGCGGCGGCAACGCGAGCCUCCCGGGACCUGCUCGGCGCAACCAUCACGCGGGCGGGGACUCCUUGCAGCCUGAGCCGGGCGGGGUGGGCACCCCAGAAACCCCGUCCGCCCCGCCGCCGUCGGAGGAGGAGCGGGAGCAGCGGCCCCCCUGGACUCAGCUGCGCCUGUCGGGCCAUCUCAAGCCGCUUCACUACAAUUUGAUGCUCACCGCCUUCAUGGAGAACUUCACCUUCUCCGGGGAGGUCAACGUGGAGAUCGCGUGCCGGAACGCCACCCGCUACGUCGUGCUGCACGCUUCCCGGGUGGCGGUGGAGAAAGUGCAGGUGGCGGAGGACCGGGCUGCUGGGGCUGUCCCAGUGGCCGGUUUUUUCCUCUACCCGCAAACCCAGGUUCUGGUAGUAGUGCUCAACAGGACUCUGGACGCACAGCGAAAUUAUAACCUGAAGAUCAUCUACAACGCCCUCAUAGAGAACGAGCUUCUGGGCUUCUUCCGUAGCUCCUACGUGCUCCACGGGGAGAGAAGAUUCCUUGGUGUGACUCAGUUUUCGCCUACACAUGCCAGAAAGGCAUUUCCAUGUUUUGACGAGCCAAUCUACAAGGCCACUUUCAAAAUCAGCAUCAAGCAUCAGGCAACCUAUUUGUCACUAUCAAACAUGCCAGUGGAGACUUCUGUGUUUGAGGAAGACGGAUGGGUCACAGACCACUUCUCACAGACCCCGCUCAUGUCCACGUAUUAUUUAGCCUGGGCGAUUUGCAACUUCACAUACAGAGAAACCACCACCAGGAGUGGGGUUGUAGUGCGAUUAUAUGCAAGACCUGAUGCUAUCAGAAGAGGAUCUGGGGACUAUGCUCUUCAUAUUACAAAGAGAUUAAUAGAAUUUUAUGAAGACUACUUUAAAGUGCCCUAUUCCUUGCCAAAACUAGAUCUUUUAGCUGUGCCUAAGCAUCCAUAUGCUGCUAUGGAGAAUUGGGGACUAAGUAUUUUUGUGGAACAAAGAAUACUGCUGGAUCCCAGUGUUUCAUCUAUUUCUUAUUUGCUGGAUGUCACCAUGGUCAUUGUUCAUGAGAUAUGUCACCAGUGGUUUGGUGACCUUGUAACGCCUGUGUGGUGGGAAGAUGUGUGGCUGAAGGAAGGUUUUGCUCACUACUUCGAAUUUGUGGGGACAGACUAUCUCUACCCUGGCUGGAACAUGGAAAAACAGAGAUUUCUUACAGAUGUUCUGCAUGAAGUGAUGCUGCUUGAUGGUUUGGCCAGCUCACAUCCAGUGUCCCAGGAAGUGCAACAAGCAACAGAUAUUGACAGAGUGUUUGACUGGAUCGCAUACAAAAAGGGUGCUGCUUUAAUUAGGAUGCUAGCUAAUUUUAUGGGCCACUCAGUUUUUCAGAGGGGUUUGCAAGAUUAUCUAACCAUUCAUAAAUAUGGCAAUGCAGCCAGAAAUGAUCUCUGGAAUACGUUAUCAGAGGCUUUAAAAAGAAAUGGAAAAUAUAUAAAUAUACAAGAAGUAAUGGAUCAGUGGACACUGCAAAUGGGUUAUCCUGUUAUAACCAUCAUGGGAAAUACAACAACAGAAAACAGAAUAAUAAUUACCCAACAACAUUUUAUUUAUGACAUCAGUGCUAAAACUAAAGCACUUGAACUCCGAAAUAACAGUUACCUGUGGCAGAUUCCAUUAACUAUUGUGGUAGGAAAUAGAAGCCAUGUGUCUUCAGAAGCAAUUAUUUGGGUGUCUAACAAAUCAGAGCAUCACAGAGUAACUUCCUUGGACAAAGGAAGCUGGCUUCUGGGGAACAUCAAUCAAACUGGCUACUUUAGAGUCAACUAUGACCUAAGGAAUUGGAGAUUAUUAAUUGAUCAGUUAAUCAGGAACCAUGAGGUUCUUUCUGUCAGUAACCGUGCAGGUUUGAUUGACGAUGCCUUCAGCCUGGCCAGAGCUGGCUAUUUGCCUCAGAAUAUCCCCUUGGAGAUGAUCAGAUACCUGUCUGAGGAGAAAGAUUUUCUUCCUUGGCAUGCUGCCAGCCGAGCUCUUUAUCCUCUAGAUAAAUUACUGGACCGCAUGGAAAACUACAAUGUCUUCAAUGAAUAUAUAUUAAAACAAGUUGCAACAACAUACAUCAAGCUUGGAUGGCCAAAAAAUAAUUUUAAUGGAUCUCUUGUUCAAGCUUCCUACCAACAUGAAGAGCUACGCAGAGAAGUGAUAAUGCUGGCCUGCAGUUUUGGCAACAAGCAUUGUCACCAACAGGCGUCCACACUUAUUUCAGAUUGGAUUUCCAGCAACAGGAACAGAAUACCGCUCAAUGUUAGAGACAUCGUCUACUGUACGGGAGUGUCACUGCUCGAUGAGGAUGUGUGGGAAUUCAUAUGGAUGAAAUUCCACUCCACCACAGCAAUCUCUGAAAAGAAGAUAUUAUUGGAGGCCUUAACUUGCAGUGAUGACAGGAAUUUGUUAAAUAGGCUUCUAAAUCUGUCCCUGAAUUCAGAGGUUGUGCUGGACCAAGAUGCAAUUGAUGUCAUAAUUCAUGUAGCUCGAAAUCCACAUGGCCGAGAUCUUGCCUGGAAGUUUUUCCGAGAUAAAUGGAAGAUAUUAAAUACCAGGUAUGGAGAAGCAUUAUUUAUGAAUUCCAAACUUAUCAGUGGAGUUACAGAGUUUCUUAAUACUGAAGGUGAACUCAAAGAGCUAAAGAACUUCAUGAAGAACUAUGAUGGGGUGGCUGCUGCAUCUUUCACACGAGCUGUAGAAACCGUUGAAGCCAAUGUGCGCUGGAAAAUGCUCUAUCAAGAAGAGCUCUUCCAGUGGUUGAGGAAAGCUCUAAGGCACUAAUAUAUGUCUUUUGUAAACAUUUAAACUCAGAAUUUUGUGAGAGGAUCUGCUUUAUGUGGAAGGAGGAAAAUGGCCAGAUUUUCAGUAUUAACAUGUGGGAGGAAUUCUGUUUCAGUUUUGUCCUUUGUUUUUGGGUUUUGGAGAUUUUUUUCUUGUAUUUGUUUCAGUCAUUCUGUUUUGUUUUUCUGCUCCCUGUUGUCUAAAAAACCCUUUCAAGUGAAGGGUUGUGGUUGCUUCAGCUGUACAUUCCUUGCUGUAUAGGACCAAAUAGUGGUGCAUGUCAAUGUUGCAGUCAAUUUGAAAAAACGUAUUCAGAAUAUUCUGUGCAUGGAUGUAUGGUCCUGCCUGUGUUCAGCAUGCUUAUUGAAAAUGCUCAAUGUUUUAUGUGAAUAUAUGUUACAUCCAAGAUGGGCAUUAUGCAAAAGCACAACAGUUUUUGAUGACAAUCAGUGUUCCAAUGAAAGAAAAACUGGAAAAGAAUUUAUUCUCAGUCUAGGACGAUGGAGGGGUAAAUUAGCUUUCUAAGUGAUCAUUGUUAUUUAUUUAGGCCCUUGGAUUGUCCAACAAUGAUUACUGCAUUGAUAACUCACUUUCUUUGAGUUAAAACUGUGUAUACAUUUAAAAGGCAUAUAGAUAGUGUAUACAUAUGUACAUAGGGACUGCCAUAUGUAAAUAGGAUGCUAUACACUGCACAUGUGCUGAAAAUCUCUUCAGAUCAAAGAAAAUUUAUCUCUUUUUAUAAAUGAAUGGACAUUUUCAAAAGGUUUAAAAUAGUUUAUCUCAACAUUAUCCUCUAACUCCUAAAUUCUUAUCUACUUACCUUAUUUUUCAUCUACUUUCCAACUGACUGUAGUUCAUGAUGAAUUUUAACAAAAUUUAUUUGUAAACAACCAUUCUUCAAAUUCUUCUGAGUCAAUGGCAACUUUGCAUAUAUAUUCGGUCAUCGUUUGGGUCAAAUUUCACAUUGCAUAAAGCAGUUGUGUAAAUGUAUGAUUAUUAGUACUUAGAAAGUUUAUUUUUCAUCGUGUUUGUCCACCCUGUAUUCGGUGGUACAGAGUUAAACAUUCUUUUGUGUGUUGGUCUUUGUGUCUGUGUUAUUCUAGUCCUGCAUUCAGCAACCAUACCUCAGUGGGUCUGUUACUACUUAAAGAACUUUUGUGCCAGUUGUGCCAUCCCUUAAAAAGUUACUUUUGUUAAUCUACAAAGUCUUUCUUUUGGCAUUCACAACUUUAUUCUACCUAGGAAUUGUACAUAGCUAUUUUCAUGGUUAUGUUAUGUGACAUGAGAAUUUUACAAGGAUAUUUUCAUUUUGUAGGCCAGGUCUCCAGUCAUACUUGGAUAUAGUCUAAGCUACUGUUAUAAACAGUGCAACGAUGAUUCUUAAACUAUGUUUAUGGACCACUAUUUUCUGGAGUUGUUUCACGCUAUAAUUCUUGCAAAUCACUGAAAGGAAUGUAUUUGAGAGAUAUGUCACUCAAUACUGAAGAAAACUAGGAUGAAACUAGAGCCAUAGAAUUAUUUGAUUUUGAUACAAAAAGAGCAAUUUCUUAAUUAUUGAAUUUAUAAGUACCACCGCCAAAUAAGUUUUAACAUUUAAGCAAUGAGUACAUAUUGCUCACACUUUCAAUGCUUUUCAUUUAUGUAUUUUCAUACAUAAAUUUUAAUGUUUUCUGUGGUGUUAAUCAAGCAUAUUAAUGCUUAGUAUAAAAUGUAGAGGUUAUGCCACCCAUCAAAAGUGAUGAAAUACAAUUACUAUGUAUCAUAGUUACACGGUCUUUAAGGGCAAGUUCUACUACAUAACAAUAGCAAGUACCAUACUACUGUGCACGUCCCAGAUAGUCACUGUUUCACUGCCCAUGUAAUAGAGGAUAAAAAGUUAGAUGUGGACGUCUUGUUUUGUGUCUUAAAUUAUUAAUAUUCUUAGCAGUUACAACUUUUUAGUGAAAUUACUAUUUCUAAUUUUGUGUUAGAUAAACGUUUCUAGUUCUGAUCCUCCCUACUGUUAAUAAUCUUAAUCUUCUUCAGUAUUUUAGUGGCCUUGAACAACUGGUUUAGCUCCAAUUCAAAUCCUAAGUGUGUAAUCAUGUGCAAUGUUCAAUACCUCAUAUAGUACUUGUUCAACAGUAUAGUGACACCAAUGGCAUUGAAAUGACAUUUUUGUUCUACAUAUUUUUCAAUAAUUUAUCAUUUCUGAUGUUGAAAUUUAAGAUUUUUAGUUGUUUGAAUAAGUAAUAUUUUCAAAAUAAUAAAAGAGCCAAUGAUAUCUCUUGGAAUAUUCUGUAAAAUGUAGUUAUAAAAUUAUAUUUUCUACUUAGAGUUUUUAUCUUUCCUCUCUUCUUUGUCUAUUUUACAAAUCAUAUAUGUGCAUGAAGUAACAAAUGAAAUUGUCCGACAUUUAGUCUUAAAAAUUUACUGUGCCAGUGUAUGUAUGACAACAAACCAUUGUUUCAAUUAGAAAAGACCUAGUUAUCUACCACCCUGAAUAUUAACUGUCUCCAGAUGACUUAUAAAUAAAAAAGAUUUGACAUUUUUACAUUUUUCCUUAAAA